AAGCAACCCUGUCUUCAACAUUCUCCCAUCUCCCUCUCCUCACUCUCUCUCUUAUCUACUCUUCGCCAUGUCUAGACUCCCUCCUCCUCCUCUACUCUCCGUCAACCUUCCUAUCAUUGACAAAACAACCGACUCCGAGUUAACCCCGACUCGACUCGGUUUCCCCAACGAGUUCCCUUACGAGUUCGACUCUCCAGCGUUCUCCCCUGGCUUCACCUCCCCAGGCAACUCCACCGAGACGGAAGACGAGAGCAGCGACGACGAAGAAGACUUCCUCGCCGGGUUGACUCGCCGACUCGCUCCCUCCACUCACCGUCUCCCUCCUCCCUCCUUCAAGUCCGAGGAGAAACGCCAGGUGGCAGCAACUUCGCCUAUUAUCCCCCCGCCGCAUGCCCAUACGACGUCGUUUCGGAGGGACAAUGCGUGGGAUGUGAUAUCUGCUGCUGCUGGAGAAGUCGCUAGGCUCAAACUCGGAAGCUACGAGCCUCGCCUUCCCCGUGAAAGCCCAAGCCCAAGCCCAAGUCUCGCUCUCCGCCGCCAAAACGCUGCGUUUCAAACCGAACGCUUAAUCCAGCAGCAGCGUCUUCUUGACCAGAUGUGGCUCUGUUCUCAGACAAGAACCAAGUCCUCUGAGAAUCUUUUCCCGAAGAGAGUAAUGAACGAAGAAAUCGCGUUUCAGAACAUGAGACGCAAUGCGUUAUCCAACGCCGCCACGUGGACACCACAACACGCUGUAGCUCCCGUGAAGCGUCCUUCUACCGGCACCGGAGUUUUCCUUCCCAGACGAUACCCUACAACUCCUUCAGAGUCUACCAAGAAGUCAGCACCAGUCAACAGAAGUGUUAUGCCGCAGUCGAAAGUCUGUCCUCCGCAGACUCUGAGCUUUGAUGAGUUCACAAACGUUGGGUCAAGACUCAGUCAGUUCGAUUACGAAUGCAUGUUAGCAAGAAGUACACUACAUGCGCGUCAGGGAAAUUACAGAGCAGUUGGUUGUCUGAACCAAGAAAGACGUCUUCCUCAAGACUGGAUGUAUUGAAACAGUUGUGUUCUGUCUGAGGAGUUUGAAGAAUCAGAAGGAGCGUAGUUAGGAGUUGUGUGUGUUUAGGUUAUAAACUGAGAUUGUUAUGUUAUGAUUAGUAUUAAGGAUGAUAAUUAGAAUAAAGGUUGGGAUAUUACAAGCUUGUUACAUUUUAUAUUAUAUUUUUAGUAACUAAGACAUGCUCUCUAUGAUAUUUUUUGUUGACCUUGUGAGGGUUUAAGGGAGUUGGGCGGUGUCGGGGUACUAUUAUUAUUUUUUCACUUUGGUUGACAAUGGAAAGUUCAAAUUGUGUUUGGGUGGGCGGGGCCUCUUGGUUUUGUACUAAUUUUAAUAGUUUUCUCCUAUAUUUGGAGGAUUUUAAUGUUGUAAUAAAAUUGUUUUGUUUGUCUAAUAAAACUAUUAUGAAGCAGCUAAA